AUCUGGUAAUUUACGUUGGCUACUUGUUGCUGAAAAGAGCCGUGUUGUCCAUCUUUUGCAGAGAGUUUCUACAUCUAGAUCUACAUACUGUUAACAUGCGAGGUCUUUUGAGGCCACGACUAUGGCACAUUCUUCAACCAUCAUUGAGAAAUUUUAACUCCACAUCUUCCUGCUGGGGUGUUGACAAGUCCAUGCUUAGUAAGCUACGAAAGCAAACUGGCAUUCCAUUUAUUAACUGCAAGAAAGCACUAGAAAAGUUUGACAAUGAUUUUGACGAGGCCAAAAAAUGGCUUCUGGAGGAAGCACAAAAAGCAGGCUGGGCGCGAGCAACCAAGCUACAGUCACGGCCAAUGUCGCAGGGCUUGGUGGCUGUUGUCGGGGAUUCCACUCAAGUAACGAUGUUAGAGGUCAACUGUGAAACUGACUUUGUGGCCAAGAAUGAAAAGUUCCUGGCCAUGGUAUCAAAAUUGGCUCAAGAAUGCAAAUCUCACUUUGAAAAACAAUCGAAUAAAACAGUUUUUGUCAACAAAGAGGAACUGGGCCAGAUUGCCUCUUCAGAACAGGGCACACUGGCGGAUAUUGUUGCUCUAAAUGUCGGCAACUUGGGAGAGAACAUGGCGUUACGAAGAGGGGCGUUUCUGAGGGCAGACAAAGACUCGGUCCUCUCUUUUUAUGUCCAUCCCUCAGCCCCACUGAAAAACCCCAAGAGCGUUCUGCUGGGCAAAUACGGAGCUGUGGUGGAGAUGGUGCAAAAACAAUCUGAAGGCAAGCCGGUCAUGACGUUUAGCGAACUGGGGAGUCACCUGUGCCAGCACAUUGUGGGCAUGAACCCGAAGACUGUUGGAGAGUAUUCUCCCUCAACUGAUGUGGAGGCUGGGAGGUCGGCAAAGGUGGAUGGUGGAGAGAGAGAUGAAGGAGCAAAGUCUAUUGAGGGAGAGAAUGCUGAGGAUGAAGGAAGUAGUAGGCCUGCAGAGGAAGAUGAAGAGGAUGAACUGCUGAACCAAGAGUUUUUACUGGAUUCUUCAAUGAGUGUGGGUGAGCUGGUGUGUCUUAAUGGAGUGGAUGUACGAGGGUUUAUCAGGUAUGCAUGUGGAGAAGAAUUGGAGGCAGAGAAAGAGUCUUGAGAUAUUAUAUUUAGUGAAUUAAAAAAAAAUACAAACUCAUUUCAAUUGUGGGAGGCAGUAUUCUAAAGUUUAGGCAUGUGUUUUCGUGUAUGCAUGACUAUUUUGAGUAUGUGUGUAUGUGUGUGUGCAUGUAGGCUACCAAUGUGAUGAUAUAAUAUAUGUGAAUUUUGUCUGUGGUUGGAAGAAUAUUGUGGCUGAAGCAAUAAGUGAUACUAGUUUUGUCCAUAUAUUUGAUUUUAAAGUUUUUAUCUUUUGCAACAUAAUGUAUUGUUUAUUCUGAAUGACAAUUUGAUGUGUGAUGGAGCCUCAGGAAUAAAACAGAACAAUAUUCCCUCCAUCGAA